GCGCUGCCCUCCAUGCAGUUCUUCGUGGUGGGUGCCCAUCCUCAUCUUCAUCUUCAUCUUCAUCCUGUUCUUCAUGUUCUUCUUGGUGGUCUUCAUCUUCAUCAUCUUCCUCAUCUUCUCCACCACUUUCAUCAUCUUCUCCACCUUCGUCCUCCUCAUUUCCACCACCUUCACCUUCAUCUUCUCCACCUUCAUCCUCCUCCUCCUCAUCUCCACCACCUUCACCUUCAUCUUCUCCACCUUCAUCUUCUCCACCUUCAUCUUCUUCCUCCUCAUCUCCACCACCUUCAUCUUCAUCCUCCUCCUCAUCUCCACCACCUUCACCUUCAUCAUCUUCUCCACCUUCAUCUUCUCCACCUUCAUCCUCCUCCUCCUCAUCUCCACCAUCUUCACCUUCAUCAUCUUCUCCACCUUCAUCUUCCUCCUCCUCAUCUCCACCACCUUCACCAUCAUCUCCUCCACCUUCAUCCUCCUCCUCCUCCUGCAGGAGAACCCCACUGCCCUCGGGUCAGGUGGUGGAGUCCGAGGAGUUCUUCGUCAAGUACAAGAACUA